CUAAACAAGUUGAACAAUGGCGAGAAUCCGGCGGUCUUCCGGCGUCAUUAUUGCAGUAUUUCCGGUGCUCGCCGCCGUGUUCGUCCACCGUAUCGACGCCUUCGAUGCGGCUGCGUACCCGGACGACGAAUUGGUCCGGAUCGGACCGCCGUUGGUCGCACCCAGACAGAACGCGCACAUGCUGCUGGGAUCUGAAAAGCUCGGCGACGGCGAGUUGGCGGCGCCGGAGGACAUCGCUUGGGAAAGGAAGACAGGCGCUAUAUACACCGGCGGCGAAGAUGGGUGGGUCAGCCGCAUCAGUCUCGGUGUCGGCCAUUCUCCGGCGGUGAAGAAAUGGGUCAACACCGGCGGCAGGCCGCAAGGGAUUGCUCAUGGCCUGCACGGUGAGGUCAUCGUCGCCGACGCUUAUAAGGGUCUUCUAAAUAUCAGCAAAGAUGGCGUCAUACAAUUGCUCACAGACGAGGCUGAAGGUCUCAAAUUCAAAUUAAUUGACGACGCGGCUACAGGUCCCCACGGCACAAUUUUCUUCACGGAUGCUUCUUCCAAAUACGAUCUUCAUGACUACCUUCUCGACAUCUUCGAAGGCACACCAAAUGGAAGAUUCUUGAGAUAUGAUCCAGCAACCAAACAGACAACAGUUCUGUUGGACAAUCUCUAUUUCCCAAAUGGGGUUGUUCUCUCUUCGGACAAAACUCACCUUAUUUUCUGCGAAUCUCCCAUGUGUCGCUGCAAAAGGUAUUACAUCGAAGGUUCGAAGAAAGGAACUGUCGAAAUAUUUGUCGAGAACUUGCCGGGACUUCCGGACAACAUUAAGUACGACGGCAAAGGCCAUUAUUGGAUCGCAUUAGGCUCGGACGCGAAAUUGUGGCGAGUGGCACAGAGAAACCCGUGGAUGCGGCAAUUGUACGGGACGAUGGAGAAAUACAAAAUACGACCCACCCUUGAGAAGAAUGCCGGAGUUUUUGUGGUGGAUUUGAACGGGAAGCCAGUUGCGCACUAUUACGACCCGAAGCUAUAUCACGUCUCCACGGGGAUUCAAAUUGGCGAUAAUAUAUACCUCGGAUCCACAGUGUUUCCAUAUAUUGUUACUCUCAAUAUAAGUCGAUAUCCAGCAACUCUAGCACCGUGAUCAA